UCAGUGGCUCGCCGACCGCCGCGCUGUGAGCAUGUGCCUCGACGUGACGAGCCCGAGGUACCGAGUGAUCCUCGUCAUGGCUGUAUUAUCAUCGACGUACUACUCGUCGUCCUCGUAGCCUACUAUUCUUCUUCUCCUUCUAUCUUAUAUCACGUCCUUCUUUUAUCGUCUUGCUUUUACGUUGUGUAUAUACAAACAUAUACGUGUAAUUUCGUGUGUCUGGUUUCCUUUUUUCUAUUCUUUCGCGUGAAUCUUUCAAUGCGAAGCAGACAGUUUCCAUAGGCCUAUAUUCCGAAGAAAUAUAUUCGCGCGAAAACAACGGACUUUUUCCGACAACAAAAGAUAAAUAUAUGAAACAUUUGUUAGUUAUAUACAAACACAUACACGACGCUUUUGAAUAAAAUAAAAUCUAAAGCAUUAUACAUACUCAACGCGUAACACAUACCUACACGGUAUUUUAACGUGUAAAAAAUAAAGCUGAACGUGUGCGGAAAUAAAGAAUAUACGUCGACUUUGAUAGGAAUCAGUUGUUCACGAAAAAAACAAAAAAAUAAAUAAAUAAAGCCGCCUAUACUCAUCGUCUGUUUUUCGACAAAAGAAAAAAUAAAGUGUUGUUCUCGUUGUUUACUGUUGUUCUUGUUGACGAUAGUUAAGUAUUGAUAAUUAAAAAAAUAGUCAUUAAAACACGAACGAAGACUGCAAGUUCGAGCAACGAUGAGCGCUAAGGAGAAACCCAACACAACACCGGCGACUUAAUCAUCACGCAAGACAAGCAAAGAAUCCACGCGUCGUGUGCAUUUUAAUAUAAUCGACGAAUCACAUUCAAAUUUCUACCUUGUAUAAACGAGUGCCGCCAACGCCGCUAACCUUGAACCGCCAAACAUGGAUGUCGCAGCCUCGGCCAUGCUCGAUGGCCUUAAGAACAACCGCAUCAGCAAGCUUGCACUAUCCAAGUUCUUGUCUCAAAGCCUACCAGUUACACCGGCAAUCGAAGAGAAAAGAAAUCACUCACGUCAAAAUACUCAAGGAGAAAGCGAAACGACUGGGAGUCCAGGGAGCAAGUCGCCAGCGGGUGUAAGCGGUGGUCCAGGAACAGGUAGCAGUAGUGCCUCGGGCGGCAAUGCCAGCUGCGCGAGCGCUGGUCCAGGGGCAGGGCCCGUCACGCCUACCGCCGGACCCCAGAACAAGCAACUGGCCAACGUGAAGGGCGAGCACCCAUCGAAGGCCUUCCUACAGAGCAGAUCUAUCUCGCUGGUGGACAUGUACAUCGACAACACAGAAUCCACCGAGGAUGUCGGCCAGAUUCAAUUCAGCCUCGAGUACGACUUUCAAAAUACCACGCUUGUUUUGAAAAUAAUACAGGGAAAGAACUUACCAGCGAAGGAUCUGUCCGGCACGUCCGAUCCUUACGUUAGGGUGACCCUGCUGCCUGACAAGAAGCAUCGUCUUGAGACGAAGAUCAAAAGGAGAACCCUCAAUCCACGAUGGAACGAGACCUUUUAUUUCGAAGGUUUCCCCAUUCAGAAGCUACAGAGUCGAGUACUUCACCUCCACGUCUUUGACUACGAUCGAUUCUCGAAGGACGACUCCAUAGGGGAGUUAUUCCUACCGCUUUGCCAGGUUGAUUUCUCGGAGAAGCCAUCAUUCUGGAAAUCGUUGAAACCACCAGCGAAGGACAAGUGUGGCGAGUUAUUGUGCUCACUGUGCUAUCAUCCGAGCAACUCGGUACUCACGCUUACCCUUCUCAAGGCGCGCAAUCUCAAGGCCAAGGACAUUAAUGGCAAAUCGGAUCCAUACGUGAAAGUCUGGCUGCAGUUUGGCGAGAAGAGAAUCGAAAAACGCAAGACACCGAUCUUUAAGUGUACCCUCAAUCCGAUUUUCAACGAGCCCUUCUCGUUCAAUGUACCUUGGGAGAAGAUUAGGGAGUGCUCGCUAGACGUUAUGGUCAUGGACUUCGAUAAUAUUGGCAGGAACGAGCUCAUCGGCCGUAUAUUACUUGCAGGUAAAAAUGGCACCGGAGCAAGCGAGACGAAGCAUUGGCAGGACAUGAUUACGAAACCUCGUCAGACGAUCGUGCAAUGGCACCGACUCAAGCCUGAGUAAAACAGUUGAUGGAAAUAUCUCAUAGACAGAAAUGAAUUGAUGAGUCGGUUGUGACACUUUUUUGAGGAAUCGUCACAAAUACAUUUCCGGACGCUGCUGCUGAUGCUCUGCUGCAUGGCGAGCUUAAUUGCGAAUGUCGGCCCGACGAUAUUGAAAAAAUAAAAGGACUGGUCGAUGCUAACAGCCGUGUCAAUUUUUGUAAAGAAUUAAUAUGUGUAAGCGGGCGCACUUUCGUUAGCACUUGACUGUUCGUACAAUAAACAUAGCUUUGAUAAACAAAAGGUAAAAACAAGCAUAUACCAACAGAGAUACAAAAAUACAAAAAAAGGCAACAAAAUUACAGAAAAAUACAUUAUCGAGACUUAUAGCUGUUUUAGUAUUGGCCAUCCCUCCCAAAAAAUCUCACCUAAAAAAAAUAAUAUCAGUCGAGAUGUGUACGAGAGCGGCUAAAUCGUGUUAUACAUAAUUAUAAGAAUUUGCGCCUAUUGGGGGUAGUUCAAAGCUAACGUCUUGGGUUUUUAUCUUCUUUUGUUUUUUUCGUAAUUUAUAGAUUUUUUGUUUUCUAUUAUUACAGUUCGCGAUAAAAUCGUUGAGACUAAGAGCAAAGGGGUAUAUAUACAUAUACACACACAUAUAUCUAUGUGUGUGUGUAUAUAUAUAUAUAUAUAUAUAUAUAUAUAUGCACACACACGCAUAUAUAUAUACAUAUAUAGUGUCGUUUUCAACUAAUUAGUAAUUGCUCGGGAACGAGCGUAUAGUUGAUUUGUGAAUCGUGUCUUGGCGUAUUACCUAAUAAGUAAGGCAAACAUAAAAAUCGUAGUGAUUACCAAUUACGUUUUGCUAUCAUAAUGUCGUAUAUAGAGUGAUCAUACUUUUGUAAAUUUAGCGAUAUGUAUAAUUCCAAUAUAGCGAUGAUGAUGACGAUGAUGGUGACAAACGGGUCGAUGAAGGUGGCAACUAAUGGUCUACAUUUAUUAAAAUACCGUGAUAAAAAAACUGACAACGUCGAAGACGCGUUGAUUUGUUGAACCACACGGUUAUAACAUUUAUCAUAGUAAAUUUAUUUAUACAAUAUAUACAGACGGGAUGAUUUUUCGAUAUGACGCACAACUUUCAACCGUCAAUUUUUCAAAAACUAACGCGUAGACACGCUUGAAAUAAAUAACAUCUUACACGAUACACGAUCGCGAGACAAUAAGAAGUUUAUGGUUAUUAUUGUAAGUGUGUUCUUAUUAGAUUCUGCAAAGUAAAUUGCGAUAUGGGCCAAUGCACUUCCUAUUAUCUCGUGUUGUGUACGGAAACUUCAAAGGCGAAGUUUAUUUAUUUGCUCGUAUAAACGAAGGAAAAUUUGUUGAAAUUUAGUUCCGGUUAUUAAGUUCACGCUCUCUUUUUCGCUGCGAGAUAGUUCCGUACAUGUACGACAGACAGAUCGGAGGCGAAAAGACAGAAGAAAACAUCAGUUUGUAACCAUUAUCAAAUAAAAUAAAUUGAGGCUGAUUGCGUGGGCCGAAGGGAUAGGGAUAACAAAACACAGCGUAGAAGCUCGUCGAACAUAAAAAAAAGGCGGAAGUUUUUUUUACUCAUCGCGAUUUAAUCUAAGUAUGAAGAAUAAAAAUAAAAGCGCGAGGGCGAAGUACAGGCAACAAAAAAUGUUAAUAUUAAUGGCAAAAAUAGAAACGUUUCUUCUAAUAUCAAUUGCGAUCGGUGUAUCUUUAUAAAAACACAUGCGACGGAUACGUACACAAGAACACUCUUACAUAUACAUACAGAGGCGAUCAACAAAAAAAUGAAGUAAUUAACGUUUUAGCAAUCGACUCGUUACCCUGCUGCUAUUACGAUUUCAAACGACAAAAGGAGAGAAAAGAAAGAAUGGUAAAAAGCUCGCGGACCGUCUGAAGCUUUCUCGGACUAUUAUACUCUCAUGUCGUUUCCGCAUAGAUUAAAAUAUCGAAGCACAAUCGUAUAAUUCCUUAAUCGUCAAAUCGCACAAUUACAGAUAUUGCGAAUCACUUUGAACUAUUAAAUAACUCAUCGGUAAUGAAGAAUCAUCUGAUCAACCAUAUCGCAGUCGAGCGAUAAAAACGAAAAAAUAUUUUCAUCAAUGUGUAUUAAGAAUUCAAGGUCACGAGUUUGUAGUACACAAUUUAAUCAGAGAUAAGCCAACACUCAAAGUAAAAAAAAAAUAUUUCUACUCGAUUUAGCGAAACGCAAAACUUCUACGUAAUAUGUCACGCGAUGCUGUACAAGCGCACGUACGCACUUCUACGCGAAAUAUGUUUGAUUAAUUACUUUACGAAAUUUAUCGAGAGAAGUUCAAAUUGAUGAUUUGUGGUAGCAUAUGUACCGAUGAAUACGCAAAAAUUCCAUUUGAGUGAGAAGGGAUAUAUUAGUCGCGCGGAAGCACGUGUUUGGAGAGUCAAUGACUCGGUUAGAUACGCGAUAGAUUGGAUUUUUGACUUUUUCAGCUGAGUCACAAAGUGUCGCGUGGCAUCUCGCAGUAAACGUACAUGUACAUCACUGCCACACGCACGAAAAGGAAAAACCGAAUCUCCAGAACUCGUACGUAUACGUAUUCUCGAUGGACGAAAAGACGCAGUGUUUUUAUUUAUUUAUCUAUUCACUUAUAUUUUACGAAAUCAACUGGUACGAAUGAAUUAUAUGUAGCUCAUAAGUGAUUUGCAGUGUACACUUCACACACACCGGCCAAAUGUAACUCUUUCAAAAUAAAAAAAACACUACUCAACGCAAGUCCACUAUAUCGAAACUUCAAAGUUCAAAAACUUAUGAAUGUCGCUCUAUUUUCUUCACAUAAAAGAUAGGCAGGGAGAUUACAAAAUUAAUAUGAGCGCGUGCGGCGCGCGCGAUUUGUUGUCGUUUGUGAUAAUACGAAGGAACAAAUUGUAAUUUAUAAGUACAGAAUACGAACGAAAUUGAAAAAUAAAAAAUAAAAUAUUUUUCUCGUGGUUUACUUUAGCCGUUAGUUGAAAACCAAUCGAAUUGUGUUUGAGGGAUAAUUAAAAGUUUAUAAAAACAAGAAUAUUUAUUGUUUUUUAAGAUAAAGCUUUAAGAAAAAACGUUGCGUUGGAACGGAAACAAAUUAUAGAUGUGUUAGCACUAUUAUACGAGUAUACUAUCAAUGAGAAUGUUUGUCACAGUUAUAUAUAUACUAUAUUCAAAAGGGAAAAAAAAUAAAAAAAGCUACACAAAUAACCAUAUAUUCUCUAUAUGCAUAUACAUGUAUCAUUGAACGCCUCUGAUGAACCUAAACAUAUCUAAAUAAAAGCCUAUUGUAAGCGAUGAUCACACAAUUAUAUAUUACUGUAUAACGAUAUAAGACAAGCUUGGGACGGUCCCCACUACACACGUGUGAAAUUUUUUUCGCGUAAGAAAGGAAGAGUGAGAAUGUUGAUUGCUCUAUAAAUUGAUGUCUAGAAUAAAGAGAUUUUUGUUAUAGUUUAACUUCAUUGGUCGUCAAUAAAACGAUCUUUGCUAAUGAAAUGAUGUAAAACAAAUAAUUUUUACCGACUUCUCAGAAACGGAGCCGCUGAUGACUUUUACAGAGACAACUGUAACCUAUACGCUUAAUUUCUGUGUAAUAUAUUUGGAAAAAGAAACUAAUCAAGUUCAAGUUUUAUUCCGCGUAGUUAAACUCAAACGAUCCCUAGAUAUUGAAGCAAAAAAGAAUUCUUCUCUGUCACUGUCAUUCCGCAUGUCUAUCCUAAAAUUAUCAAAAGUUACAAUAUAUUUAAUGCUCUACAACUAUUAAGCUCUUAUAAUCGUAUAGAUAAACAAAAGUUCAAAAAAAAUUAAAAAUAAAAAAACAAAGAAUGAGAGAACGAGAAGAAUGCAAAUGGAUAAUACAGCAGCUAUAAGUGUCGUUUUUACGAUAUUGGCACAUGUAUCUGAAAAAUUAAACUUAAAAAUAAAACUGUAACAAUGAAAAUCGAUACAUAUAAUACGCUGCAUAUAUACCGACACACGAGUGAGAAUUAAAAAAUCUUAUCUAAGACGUAUAAUUAUAUGCGGUAUAAGAUCAUACUUUAAAUAAUAUCUUAUUAUCCAUUACAUGGAAAACUGGCGCGAGCGUAAAAUUGGUGCACACACAUAAACACGCACGUACAAACUACACAUACUUGAUGUAAUAGAAUUUAUCCUGCAGCGCAUAUAUUAUGUCUGUAUAUAUCUACGUAAUAAUAUGUUAUGGAGUGGAGAACUGGGCGUGCAAACCAAAAAAUACAAUGAACUAUUUAAAAAAAAUAAAUACUAAUAAUAAAUCGGCCCGAUACACGGCCCCGUGGCUCUAAUGUGGGGGACGGUGGUCAUCACACAAAGUUACCAGCCGACGGCUGCUCUGACCGACAAGCGUAAGCCCUUUGUAAAGUAUUUUUAUAAAACAUACCAUAUGUGAAUUAACAAAGUUAAGCUAUAUCACACCGUAUAUAUUACCAUUCGAUCGAUAUUCGAAACGAGUUAUUAUAAUGUCACUCAGAGCGCACUUGUCAUUUAACGAUUAUAUGCAUAUGUAUUGUGGUAUAUCAUCCCUGUAUUAUAUAAUUGUAUAUGUGUCAUCAUUUCGCAGCAAGAAAAUAAUUAAGAGAGUCUGCCAUGUGGUGAAAAUUCUAAUUGUACAUAUUUAAUACCAAACCGUUUUUCAUAAGAAAAAAAAUUUUGUUGGAUUAGAAAAUGCGACGAGAAUGUAGACGAGGAAAAAUAUCUUUAUAAACAAUUAUUUUCUUGCCAGUUUUUAGCUUGACUUAUCAUAGAAAAGCAGUUGAUGCGGUGCUCAUUAAGUUAAAACAUUGAGCAAAAUGUUUUCUCUUUGUAUGUCUACCUCCGAUCACAUCUUUCAAUACAAAAUCGUUUGAUAUAUAUAUA